GUAAUGCUAUAUGUCAUGCUAUCGAAGCCGAGUCAACCCUUUACAAGCAACUUCAGUGGGGUGAACAGUAACUAGUCGAUACCUGCAGUCUCUAAUCUCUGUCUCCAAAAUGGCCUCGAAGGUUUUCCCCGAAUGGAUCCCCACUGCAGAUUCGCCUAUCAACCUCGCAACGCCGUCCGAAACCCUCCCCGGCUCAAAUCUCGCUGUCGUACGAGUCGAAAUGGGCGGGUGCCAGUUUUACUAUAAAGCUUCGGCUCGUUUUUGCGAUUGUGCGAGCGGCUCGGUCGUAGGCGCGGCUCAGAGCCUCUCCCAGCACGAUACUUGCGAUGAAUGUGGUCACUUUCUCUCAUUACACAAGGCAUACUCACACCCUCCAUCGUAUAAUAUCAGAGUCAUACAUCCGGAAGUAUGCCCGCGCAUCAACACAGUCAGGAAGCUAGCCGCAUUACUUGACGAGAAGCGUAUCCUCCAUAUCCGGGGGACGCCCUCAUCUGGCAAGUCGACAUUGGCGGGACUCUUAGUCAAACACUACAGAGAAUGCGAUGAACCUGUUGUUUUCAUCCAUAACUGGGAUGAUAAUAUUGCUAAUCCUGCCAGUUAUCUACAACAAUGCUGUGCGGCUAAUGGAUAUCAGCAUGCAGAGGUGAAUUUUUGGGAGUCCAAUUUUAUCUUCAUACUCGAUGAAGCUCAGUCUUCCUAUGGAGACUCCGCAUUCUGGUUGGGCGUCAUCAAGACGCGCCAUGGCUGUUUGACUGGACCUAGAUUUUGUCUUUUUGCGUCAUACGGCAGCCCGACCACUGGAGCACCGCCAUAUCAGUACUCAUCCAGAGUAACCCCCGUUCACCUAGGCCCCGCACAGCGGGUCGGUAUCACUCGAUCACGUCUGCCAGGAUCUCCUGAUGUCUGUUUAUUCUAUGAUGAAGCCGAAUUCAACGACGCCGUAGAUAGGAUUUGUGCACGACCGUCCGUUGGGUUUAUCAUGGAUGCUGAUGCCCGUGAAUACCUUUACACGAUCACAAACGGACACCCUGGCGCUGUUAAUGCGUUGGUGGCGUAUGCCUACGAAGCCAACAGGUACGACUUAAAACACGGUACUAUCUCAAGCGUCUCGAAAUAUCUCAUGACGAAGUCUCUUGAAGAUGACGCACAGGUUUUUCGCAGUCUAGAAUCAUACCCGGUGUUUAGGUCCUUCCCCGCCCCGAAUGUUCUCACAAUGCCGGUGGUUACUACGUUGCGUCGUUGUCUCAAGAGCGGCACAAUUCCUUGCGAUCUCAACGAUGAAGGAGUCAAACGUUGCUACGAAUUAGGAUGGCUACACUCGGACCAAACAAAAUCGUAUGCUAUAGAACAACCUGAAAUGAUUUGUUUCUUCCCUUCCAGACUGCAUGAGAAGUUCGCUGAGCUUUUUCUAUACACAUUCCAACCCCGUCCGUUCCCUUUUGAACAGUUCCCGUCGAUUACCGCUCUCUGCCAAGCCAUAAUUAGAAAGUUUUCACAGAAGAACCUAGGAUCUAGCGUGGAAAUUGAGCUCGCCCCUUCCCGAUUCCGUCGGCCACCGGAGGCACAAUUUCAAGACGAAUUAUAUCGUUGCUUCUUCGAUAUCGUAGGAUAUGGGGUCGGACUUUCUUCUGAAUGGUCUCGUGCCGGGGAUGGUCGCAUUGACUUCCGGGUUGUUGAGCCACGUUGGGGGAUCGAAGUUUUGAGAGACGGAGAUCGCUUAAGCGAUCAUUGCAAUCGAUUUCGACCCGGAGGCGCAUAUUAUCCUUGGAUAACUCAAGGCUACAUCAGAGACUGGCUAAUCUUGGAUUUUCGCCACACUCCUCCACAGAAAUACUCGAUUCCCGGUACUAAACUCUGGAGGAUAGUCUUCCAAGACCAGUACGCCUCGGCGUACAUUGUCGACGCACAGAAUGUGAUUGUUACCCCGGAGUUUCCGCUUCUGCAGUAGUACGGUCUGAUGCUCGGUACUUUUUCAUCCUUUCUCAAAGAAUUAAACCACCAUGAAAAUCCGUCCACUUGCCAGAUUCCAUCGGACUACCUUUCGUCUGAACUAUGCAGGAUCUAUGUAGCUGGACUGUUUACAGGGUUAGAUGCAAUUGCUCGAAUCCCUAGACUUUUCAUAGGUUUUAACCUGAUAAA